AUGUCGCAACCAUCCAGCCCGCAGUAUCAUGCAGGGGAUGAUACACGAACCCUCAAUGGUCGCCCUGUAGACCUAGAAUCUGGGUCUUCAGCACGCGAUAGAGCCCUUCCAAAGAACGCACCUCGACCUUUAAGUCUAAAAGACCGCGUCGUCAGAAUAACAUGGAGUUGGUUCCCUUGUACAAUGUCAACAGGCGGGUUAGCCAAUCUCCUCGGCGAACAACCCUACACAUUCACCGGUCUAAAAACUAUCGGCAAGAUCUUCUUCAUCCUCAACCUCAUGCUCUUCAUAACCUUCACAGCCCUAAUCAUCGCGCGCUUCGCCAUGAAACCCCGCGCAUUCUCAACAAGUCUCCAUCAUCCCUCUGAAUCCUUCUUCUUCGGCGCUUUCUGGGUCUCCAUUGCAUUAAUCCUAACGGGCGCACAGUCUUACGGUGGUCCAGAAACAGGACCGUGGUUGACUACUGCUAUGAGGAUUGUGUUCUGGAUAUAUUACGCUUGUGAGAUGGUGGUGGCUGUGGCACAGUAUCAUAUUAUCUUCGAGACGGAGAGGCUUGAUAUUUCGGAGGCGUUGCCUGGGUGGAUAUUACCUGCGUAUCCGUUUUUGGUGACGGGGAUAUUGGCGGCGAAAGUAGCGGGGAGUCAACCGCUGUGGAGUGCCGUGCAGAUUAUUGUUGCUGGUUUGAUGGGUCAGGGACUUGGAUGGAUGCUUGCGCUGUUUAUUUAUGCUGUUUAUUUGUCGAGGUUGAUUCAGCAUAAGUUGCCUGAUGCUUCGAAAAGGCCUGGCAUGUUUAUUGCCGUUGGACCAACAGCUUUUACAUGCGCUGGUCUGAUUGCACUUGGUACAGAAGCCAAGUCCGCUCUCCCAGACGACUUUCUCAGCACCCCUAGUAUUCCGGCCGGUGAACUCUGGUCUGGCAUGUCAGUCGCAGCAGGACUGUUCAUCUGGCUCAUGGCAAUCUGGUUCUCAGCCCUAUCCGCGAUAUCUGUUCUUCGAGCCGUUCAAAGGAUGGAGUUUAGUUUGUCCUGGUGGGCACUCGUCUUCCCCAAUGUCGGUCUCGCUCUUGCGACUAUCAAUGUCGGAAACACUCUAUCAUCGAGGGGAAUCAAAAUCUUUGGAUCAGCUUUGACUGUCCUCUUGGUUGUUCUGUGGUUCAUCUGCACGGCUUUCCAUAUUCGAGCCAUCCUCAGGAGGGAUUUACUUGCCGUUGGGAAGGAUCUUGAUGUUGAGUAUGUCAACAAACAACAUGAUAGAAAGGCCGAGAAACAAAGAGAUUAG